AUGGCCGAAGAGGACAGACCCAAGGCUGAUAAUAAUCCAAACAAACAUGUGGCCAAACAAGUGCUGUUCAGCGAUUUGUCGCCCAUUGAAAGAAUGCAAAAAUUGAGUAAACUUAUGGUUUUGAGGAUUGCCGGACACAUAGCGCUGGACCGGGAGGUGGAGACGAUUGUAAAGCAAAUUAGUCCCGAUCUUAUUGUUUUGGACCAACAUUAUCCCCUACCAUAUGUCGAGGCUUGUAGUAUACCGUUUGUGUGGGUCCGGAGCGGUAAUCCAUUGUUGUUGUUGGACGACGAGCGCACACCACCAGCCAUGUCAGGUUUACCCAUUACUGGCGAUAAGAGUGAAUGGAAACGCUUUCGCGAACUACGGGUCAACGCCGAGGACAGAGAGGCCUGGAGUCGACUAAAUGAUUGGGUUAUUAGCCGCGGCUGUGCGCCACUAAACCGGGAUAUUAUGUUUAAUCCUAAUAUAUCCCAAUGUUUGUCCGUUUAUGGCUUUCCCCUAGAGUUGGAUUAUCUCGAUGUCAGACCAUUGCCUCCAAAUUGCAUACGUUUUGAUAAUUUAAUGCGAAAUGAAAAGCACUCAACGUUUGUAUUGCCGGAUGUUUUAACCCAAAAAUCCAACGAAAAAUUAAUCUAUUUUUCUUUGGGAUCUAUCGGUGCGGCAAAUGUGGACAAUAUGAAGAGAUUGGUCUCAAUUUUGGGUAAAUCCCGGCAUCGGUUUAUUGUGUCCAAAGGGCCCCUUCACGACACAUAUACUGUGCCCGACAAUAUGUGGGGCGCCGGGACUGUACCGCAGAUACAAGUGUUACCAUUAGUUGAUUUAGUGAUAACACACGGCGGCAAUAAUACAGUGUCAGAGAGUAUUGACCAACUCGACAACGGACAACAGAUUCAACACAAGGGGUUUGGCGUCAGUUUAAACGCCUUCCGGUGCACUGAAGAGGAGUUGUUGGGAGCCGUCGACCGACUCUUGACUGAUAAGGCUUUGAACCAAAAGUUGGCACAAAUUGGCGAAAGAAUACGAACUGAAAAUACAAUGGCCCAAAGCUUAACAAUAUUAUUCAUACCAAUCGGUGCCGUCGGACACGUAAACGCCUGUAUAGGUAUAGCCGAGCCGUUGAUAGGGAAGGGACACCGGGUUGUGUUCGCAGUUGAGAGCAAAUUUGAAACACUACUCAAGUCAUUUGGGAUUGAAGUGAUUGGUUUGGCCGAUGAUGUCAUGUCCGGGGAGGACAGGCCCGAGGCUGACGGCAAUCUGGCCAAACAUAUAGCCGACCGAUUGAUGUCGAGCGGAAUGUUCAGCGAUUUGUCGCCCAUUGAAAAAAUGCAAAAAAUGGGCGCAACUAUGGGUCAAAGGAUUGAUAAACACAUAGCAAUGGACAGAAAUGUGGAGCCAAUUGUGAAGCAAAUUAGUCCCCAUCUGAUUGUUUUGGACCAACAUUUUCCCAUACCGUAUGUCGAGGCGUGUGGUAUACCGUAUGUGUGGGUCCGUAGUGGCGGUCCGUUAUUACUAAUGGACGACGAGCGCACACCACCAGCCCUUUCCGGUUUACCCAUUACUGGCGAUAAGAAUGAAUGGAAACGCUAUCGCGAACAGAGGCUCAACGCCCAGAACCGGGAGGCCUGGAGUCAACUCAAUGACUACGCUAUGAGCCGCGGCUGUGCGCCACUGAACCGGGAUAUUAUGUUUAACCCAAAUAUAUCUCAAUGUUUGUCCGUUUAUGGCUUUCCCCUAGAGUUGGAUUACCUCGAUGUUAGACCUUUGCCUCCAAAUUGCAUACGUUUUGAUAAUUUAAUGCGAAACGAAAAGCACUUGACAUAUAAAUUGCCGGAUGUUUUGAAGCAAAGAUCAGACGAGAAAUUAAUCUAUUUUUCAUUGGGAUCUAUGGGUGCGGCAAAUGUGGACAAUAUGAAAAGAUUGGUCGCGAUUUUGGGUAAAUCCCGGCACCGGUUUAUUGUGUCGAAAGGGCCGCUUCACGACACCUAUACUCUGCCCGACAAUAUGUGGGGCGCCGGGACUGUACCUCAGUUACAAGUGUUACCAUUAGUUGAUUUAGUGAUAACACACGGCGGCAAUAAUACGCUGACAGAAAGUAUGUAUUUCGGGAAACCAAUGAUUGUAUUACCGUUUUUUGGUGACCAACUCGACAACGGCCAGCAGAUCCAACACAAGGGUUUAGGCAUUACUUUAAACGCCUUCCACUGCACCGAAGAGGAGUUGUUGGGAGCCGUCGACCGACUCUUGACUGAUAAGACUUUGUACCAAAAGUUGGCACAAAUUGGCGAAAGAAUACGAACUGAAAAUAAACACAAUGAGAUGUUAUUACUCAACAGCAUACAUCUUAUUGAUAGUGUUUACGUUGAAUUACAAAGUAUCGCCGGACUUGAUAUGAUAAUGAAAUACAAUUGUUUCAAAAAGCCCCGAUUACAUCAGCUGUGGUUGAGAGAAAGAUACUGUACGAAAACAAUGGCCAAACGUUUAACUGUAUUAUUCGUACCAAUCAAUGCCGCCGGACAUCUGAACGCCUGUAUUAGUAUCGCUGAGCUGUUGAUAGGGGCCGGACAUAGAGCUGUGUUUGCCAUUGAGACCAUGUUUAAGACAUUUGUGGAGCCAUUUGCUAUUGAAGUGAUUAGUUUGACCGAUAAUUUCACUACAGGCCCGCCCGAGGCUGACAGUGAUCCCAACAAACAUGUGGCCAAACAAGUGAUGUCCAGCGGAAUGUUCAGCGAUUUGCCGCCCAUUGAAAAGAUGCAAAAUUUGAGUAAACUUAUGGCUUCGAGGAUUGCCGGACACAUAGCGGUGGACCGGGAGGUGGAGACGAUUGUGAAGCAAAUUAAUCCCGAUCUGAUUGUUUUGGACCAACAUUUUCCCCUACCAUAUGUCGAGGCCUGUGGUAUACCGUAUGUGUGGGUCCGCAGCGGUAAUCCAUUGUUUUUGUUGGACGACGAGCGCACACCACCAGCCAUUUCAGGUUUACCGUUUACUAGCGAUAAGAGUGAAUGGAAACGCUUUCGCGAACUACGGGUCAACGCCGAGGACAGAGAGGCCUGGAGUCUACUAAAUGAUUGGGUUAUUAGCCGCGGCUGUGCGCCACUAAACCGGGAUAUUAUGUUUAAUCCUAAUCUAUCAAAAUGUCUGUGCGUUUAUGGCUAUCCCCUAGAGUUGGAUUACCUCGAUGUCAGACUUCUGCCCCCGAAUUGCAUACUGAUAACACACGGCGGCAAUAAUACAGUCACAGAGAGUAUGUAUUUUGGGAAACCAAUGAUUGUAUUACCGUUUUUUGGUGACCAACUCGACAACGGCCAGCAGAUCCAACACAAGGGUUUUGGGAUCACUUUAAACGCCUUCCGGUGCACUGAAGAAGAGUUAUUGGGAGCCGUCGACCGACUAUUGACUGAUAAGGCUUUGAACCAAAAGUUGUCACAAAUUGGCGAAAGAAUACGAACUGAAAAUAAUUUAUAG